UUCCAGUGGGUCCAGGGAGAAGUGUGUGAGGUCCAGUUGAUGGUCUACAACCCCAUGCCCUUUGAACUCCGCGUGGAGCACAUGGUGAGUGAAGCAUUACUUCUGGAUGCUACAACAACACCACAACUUAGUAAAAGUCCCUGAGAAGAUGUUGUCAUGGCCUCUCGGGGUAAAAUAAACUUCCCUCAUCACAUUACAUUAGGGGCAAGCCAUUCAACUGUGAUAAUGUCUUGUAGUUAUCUUUGAUGACCUCAUUAAAGUCUAGCUAAAAGCCCUGUUCUGACACUUUAAAGCAGUAAUGAUGGUACGGGACAGGGCCAGAACCAACCGUGCCAUCCUUCUCCCCUGACACUAAGCGUACUGGAACAAUGUAGGAUGCGUGAACCCAUGUGGUGCUAUUACAGUUUAUAGUUCUCAUGCUAGCUAUCCUCACUGUCAGUGUAGAGCUUCUCUAAUAAGGUAAGUGAGAGGAAAUACCCAUUCACUCUCCUCUCCGUGUUAGUCAACUCUUAAAAAGGCCCAUCACCAUCAGAAAGGGAGACCAAUGUAACCAAAUUGCUUUAAGCUGAAAUAUGUAACUUUUUGGGCGACCCAACCAAAUUCACAUAGAAAUGUGUGUUAUAGAUCUGUCAUUAUCAUUGAAAGCAAGUCUAAGAAGGGGUAGAUCUGUUCUAUGUACGCUAUUUCUAUGCUUCCCAGUCUUAAGGUUUGUUUUUGCGUCUUUUACUUUCAGUUUUGUACACCAGUUGAAAAUACAAUAUUUUUUACAGCGGUUUAGAUGCUACAAUGAUUCUCUACUCUAUACUUGCUUGUUUUGUCACAUAAACUGAAAUUUAAGCGAACUAUUAUAAUUUUAGCAACCAGGAAAUGACGGAGCGAUUGCUGCAUAGUGCAUCUUUAAUAGCUGCUUAAUGACAGCAGCUUUUUAAGUCCUCAGCAAUUCCAUCAAGAACGUUUUUAAAGGACCUUACAGCUAUUACCACCCUCUCCUCCAUCGUAAUCUAUCACUCCAUUUGUGUUGUUUCAUUUUCUUAUUCUCUCUCUGUCUGUCUGUCUGUCUGUCUGUCUGUCUGUCUGUCUGUCUGUCUGUCUGUCUGUCUGUCUGUCUGUCUGUCUGUCUGUCUGUCUGUCUGUCUCUCUCUCUCUCUCGGAUGCUUGCACUCACAGUCACUUAUGCUUGCACUCAGUCACACACACUUUAAUUGUCUUUCUUGAUAUCACUGUAUGGUUCAAGCUCGCUCAGGAUCACACAUGCGUUUGAUUGUUGAAUUGAACCUCUUUGCUACUCGCUGAUGAAAGUGUUUCUUUACGGAUGGACUGAUGUGGCACAGACGGCAUUGAGAUGCACAACAAUGAUCUGCCUCUUCCUGUCAACACACACAGCAGUACUGUACCUUCACGAGGUGCUGCUCACUGUGUGCCGUCUGCUAAAACUUAUGCAGCCCUUAAUUGGACACUAGAGCGCAAAUGGCAAUGGAAGGGCAUGUGUUUGUGUAAUGUCUUGAUUGUGCACAAUGUCAGGAGCCCCAGGGCUGAGGUGUUGCUGGCAUGUCGGAACAGAAUGAAUAAUUUGUGUGCAUUUGUGUUUAAAACACGUUUUGAAUCGGCAGGAGAGUGGAAGGUCAAACGGCGAUGAGGGAUUAUUUUCUUUGCUGUCGAGUGGGUCCUAAAACUGUCACUUAGCCAGCGAAGAGACACGCGUGCACACACACACACACACACACACACACAUCAUUAGCCACUGAAUCCCCACCUGCGGAUGGAUAGAUGGAAGCACAGAUGGAGACAGAGACCCCUCCUGUUCUGCUUCCAUGGCAGCUGGCAGCGUUAGGUGGUACAGUACAGGUGUCAUGCAGGGUGACUCGGCAUAAACACAAACUAUGGUGUUCAUCAUGACCUGACCUGGGUUCACACAGUAUGUUUUAUUUUCAGUACGUUAGCUGCACUUGAUUGAGCAUUCCUGGCACAAUGGAACCAACGGAGUGUCAACUCCCCACCCAGGGCUUUUACUUGCGACAUGUAGUUAAAUGCACUAAAGAAGAACAAUGGGUACAUAUUGAAGAUGCACAUGCUCAUCCCCAUAAUAUUUUUAUGUGUCUAUUUCCUAAGGAUAAAGCUAAAAACAUUAACAACUUUAUAGUUAAGAACACUAAAAACAUAUGGAAGAAAAUGGAACGUAUUCUACAAGAACCAAUAUCACUCCCUAAAAACACAACCCUAUGGAACAAUCCUUGGAUAGCUUUUCAGAAUUCACAGAUAAAUUUGUCUACAUGAAAACUAAAGGCAUAGAAACCGUAAAUGACUUGUUAAUAGGAAAUACAUGUAUUUUUUAAAAUAUUUUAUUUUUCAGUUAUUCAACAACAGAACAAUUCAAUACAGCAAGAGUAAGUACUACAACAAAAGGUAAUUCAACCCUCUUAGCCCCAAAAUAGAAAAAUAAUUAAAACAAUAACAAAUUACAAAAUAAAAAUUAGAAUAGUAAUAAUACUAAUAAUGACUAAAUAAGACAAACGACAAGAUAUACCAACAUAUACAUAAAGGAAUACAAACAGUACAUUACAGAGAGACAAUAGCUACAUCGAUCUACAAGCUCACAUCCACCAACCCCAAUGGAAGUGUUUCCAUAUAGUCCAGGAAGGGUUGCCAUAUUUAGUAGUUGAAUUUAUUUCUUAAAGCAUUGGUAAUCUUCUCCAUAGGAAUACACUUAUUCAUUUCAGAGAGCCAUCUUGUAAUUGGGAAAGGGGAAUCUGAUUUCAAUGUCAAUGCAACACAUUUUCUUGCUGUGGCAAGGGCAAUUUCUGUACAUUUGAUGUUGAAGUUAUUCCUCAAAUUCACAUUUUGUGAAGUUACACAGAAGGCAUAUUUCAGGGUCAAGUGGGAAAGGGACCUCCAUAAUAAAGGCCAGGGUAUCACAAACAUCAUGCCAGAAGGCUUUAAUUUAGUACACUGCCAAGUAGAAUACAAAAAAGUGCAUUAUGUUGUUCCACAUCUAAAACACAUUUCUGUGUCAGAUAGAGUUGGUGAAGGAAGUUGUAAUGUAUCCGUCUGUAUCUAGAGUUGAUGGUCGCUGACACACUAUCUUGGCAUAGGUCCGACCAUAGCCCCUCAUCAAUUGUAGUAUUCAAAUCGGAUUCCCAUCGCUCUCUUGACUGAUGUACAGUGGGGGUAAAAAAGUAUUUAGUCAGCCACCAAUUGUGCAAGUUCUCCCACUUAAAAAGAUGAGAGAGGCCUGUAAUUUUCAUCAUAGGUACACGUCAACUAUGACAAACAAAUUGAGAAAAAAAAAUCCAGAAAAUCACAUUGUAGGAUUUUUUAUGAAUUUAUUUGCAAAUUAUGGUGGAAAAUAAGUAUUUGGUCACCUACAAACAAGCAAGAUUUCUGGCUCUCACAGACCUGUAACUUCUUCUUUAAGAGGCUCCUCUGUCCUCCACUCGUUACCUGUAUUAAUGGCACCUGUUUGAACUUGUUAUGAGUAUAAAAGACACCUGUCCACAACCUCAAACAGUCACACUCCAAACUCCACUAUGGCCAAGACCAAAGAGCUGUCAAAGGACACCAGAAACAAAAUUGUAGACCUGCACCAGGCUGGGAAGACUGAAUCUGCAAUAGGUAAGCAGCUUGGUUUGAAGAAAUCAACUGUGGGAGCAAUUAUUAGGAAAUGGAAGACAUACAAGACCACUGAUAAUCUCCCUCAAUCUUGGGCUCCACGCAAGAUCUCACCCCGUGGGGUCAAAAAUGAUCACAAGAACGGUGAGCAAAAAUCCCAGAACCACACAGGGGGACCUAGUGAAUGACCUGCAGAGAGCUGGGACCAAAGUAACAAAGCCUACCAUCAGUUACACACUACGCCGCCAGGGACUCAAAUCCUGCAGUGCCAGACGUGUCCCCCUGCUUAAGCCAGUACAUGUCCAGGCCAGUCUGAAGUUUGCUAGAGUGCAUUUGGAUGAUCCAGAAGAGGAUUGGGAGAAUGUCAUAUGGUCAGAUGAAACCAAAAUAUAACUUUUUGGUAAAAACUCAACUCGUCGUGUUCGGAGGACAAAGAAUGCUGAGUUGCAUCCAAAGAACACCAUACCUACUGUGAAGCAUGGGGGUGGAAACAUCAUGCUUUGGGUCAGUUUUUCUGCAAAGGGACCAGGACGACUGAUCCGUGUAAAGGAAAGAAUGAUUGGGGCCAUGUAUUGUGAGAUUUUGAGUGAAAACCUCCUUCCAUCAGCAAGGGCAUUGAAGAUGAAACGUGGCUGGGUCUUUCAGCAUGACAAUGAUCCCAAACACACCGCCCGGGCAACGAAGGAGUGGCUUCGUAAGAAGCAUUUCAAGGUCCUGGAGUGACCUAGCCAGUCUCCAGAUCUCAACCCCAUAGAAAAUCUUUGGAGGGAGUUGAAAGUCUGAGUUGCCCAGCGACAGCCCCAAAACAUCACUGCUCUAGAGGAGAUCUGCAUGGAGGAAUGGGCCAAAAUACCAGCAACAGUGUGUGAAAACCUUGUGAAGACUUACAGAAAACGUUUGACCUGUGUCAUUGCCAACAAAGGGUAUAUAACAAAGUAUUGAGAAACUUUUGUUAUUGACCAAAUACUUAUUUUCCACCAUAAUUUGCAAAUAAAUUCAUUAAAAAUCCUACAAUGUGAUUUUCUGGAUUUUUGAAAAUCAUUUUGUCUGUCAUAGUUGACGUGUACAUAUGAUGAAAAUUACAGGCCUCUCUCAUCUUUUUAAGUGGGAUAACUUGCACAAUUGGUGGCUGACUAAAUACUUUUUUCCCCCACUGUACAUCUGGUUUUGGGCAUUGUUGCGUUAGCAAUGAGUACACUCUGUAUAUAUAUCUAUAUGAGUCAUGAUUAUCAUGGAGUAGUUGUUCAAUACUUGAUAGAUUUGGUAAAGUCAUAUCUCCUAGAGUGCUUCUGAGAAAGUUUCUUAACUGUAAAUAACAAAAUAAAUUAUUAUUGGAUAACUGGUAUUUCUCUUUCAGUUGCUCAAAUGACAUAAGUACCCCAUCUAUAUAACAAUGUUGUAAAUGUGUUAUUCCCUUCUCAUUCCAAUGUUGACAUUGGCAGGAGUCUUGUUUUGCCACAGGGGUGUUUUGGGUGACAAGUCUCGUCUCAGACCAAAUAACUUACGAAUUUCAUGCUUCUUUUUGUUGAUAUAGUCUUGGGGUUCCACUUGUAUAUAAUAUUACCCCCAACCUCUUCAUUAAGAGCAAACAUUUUCAUCUGAGUCCAAGAAGGAGCUGGUUCAGUUUCAAAUAAGAAUGAAAUUAAUCUAAUUUGCGCUGCCCAGUAAUACAUCUUGAAAUUUGGUAGGUGGAGACCUCCUAGAAUAUAAUCCCAUGUUAAUUUGUCCAGGCUCGCCCUUGGAGUUUUACUGUUCCAUACAAAUUGUCUUAUGAUCUUGUUAAGGGACUUAAAGAAACUCUUGGGUAAAGAUUGAAAUAGGUACAUCAUCUUAGGCAGAACGUUGAUCUUAAUACAGCUAAUUCUCACAAAUAAUGUAAGAGGCAGAUCUAUCCAUCUAUUCAAGUCAUCCACCACCUUCUGAACCAAGACAGAGUAGUUAAGCUUGAUUACAUUUCUUAAGUCAUUAUCAACUGUGAUUCCUAGAUAUUUGAACCCCUGUGGCGACCAUCUGAAGGGACCUGUUUGUUCACAGAUGCUAUAGUCAAAGCGAGUCAGUGGAAGUAUUUCACUUUUGUCCAUGUUGACUUUGUAACCUGAUAUAGAGCUGUAUGUACCCAAAAGCAUCUGUUGUUUUGAGAGCGAUCCGGUCUGGUCAGAGAGGAACAAAAUAUUGUAGUUUGCGAACAAUAAGAUCUUGUGCGUUAUCUGGCCCACCUGAAAGCCCUUUAUGCCAGGAUCCGUUCUUAUGGCCUCCUCCAGUGGUUCUAUGGAGGGGCGGCAGGUAGCUUAGUGGGUAAGAGCGUUGUGCCAGUAACCGAAAGGUCGCUGGUUCUAAUCCCCGAGCCGACUAGGUGAAAAAUCUGUCGAUGUGCCCUUGAGCAAGGCACUUAACCCUAAUUGCUCCUGUAAGUCGCUCUGGAUAAGAGCGUCUGCUAAAUGACUAAAAAUGUAAAUGUAAAAAUGAGUGGGGAAAGUGAACAGCCCUGUGUACUACCUCUAAAGAGUGGGAAUGUGGCUGACAUCAUGCCAUUAGUGGUGAUCUUAGCUUGCGGUUUAUGGUAAAAGUCUUAACCCAGUUGACAAACAAAGGACCAAAGUUAAAUUUAGCAAGGACCUUGAAUAGGUAUGGCCACUCCAGCCUAUCAAAGGCCUUUUUAGCGUCUAGAGAUACUGCUAUACUAGGAUCGCUCCUCACACAGGCCAUGUGAAUUACGUUGAAUAACCUGCGCAAAUUAUUGGUGGAGGAUCUUUUCUGUAUAAAGCCUGUUUGAUCUGUGUUAUUCAGGUUUGGCAAAUAUUGUUCUAAUCUAUUAGCCAUCGCCCUAGAAAUCGAUUUAUAGUCCGAAUUGAGGAGUGAGAUCGGCCUAUAGGAAGAGCAUUGUAGAGGAUCUUUCACGGCUCUUAUAACUGUUAUAAUAGCCGUGGAAAAGGAGUCCGGUAGGCUCUGCGUCUCAGCAGCUAAAUUUAGAACAAGGAAGAGAGGAAUAAGCAAAUCCUUAAACUCCUUAUAAAACUCUGGGGGAAAGCCAUCGUCAACUAGCCGGUGCCCCCGCACAUUGACUCUGCAACGGUACCCCCCUGUAUAUAUAUAGCCUCCCUACUGUCACUUUAUUUUACUUCUGCUCUUUUUUCUCUCAACACUUUUUUUGUUGUUGUUUUAUUUUUAUGCACUGUUGGUUAAGGGCUGUAAGUAAGCAUUUCACUGUGAUGUCUGCACCUGUUGUAUUCGGCGCAUGUGACCAAUAUAAUUUGAUUUGAUCGUCUCCUGGUGAUUUGCCGGAUUGUAGAGAGGAAAUUGCCUUUUCGAUUUCUGUUUUUGUAAGGUGGUGAUCUAGUUCAUUUUGGUCUUCCUAUGUGAGGUGCGGUAGUUCAAUAGUAGACAGAAAUGUGUCUAUCAUUGCUGGUUCCGUUCCAUCAGAAGUGUAUAACUUAGAAUAGUAUUGUUUUAAAUGAAUCAUUAAUCUCUUCCGGGUUGUGAAACACUUGACCGUUCUGUCUUUCAAUAGAGUUGAUGGUUCUCAAAUUCUCCUCAGCUUUUAUCUGCAAUUCCAAGACUUUGUGUGUUUUCUCCCCCAAUUCAUAAUAUCUUUGCCUAGUUCUAAGAAAAGCCUGUUCAGUUUUGGAAGUACUUAGGGUAUUAUAUUUUAGUUUUUUAUUCUUUAGAGCCAGAAUUUUGGUUUUCUUUUUGUAGUAAUAGGAUGUCAUUCUCUAGUUCAUUCAAUUCAGCAGUGCAUUUCUUUUUGAGACCUUUGUUAUAGGAAAUGAUUUGACCCCUAAAAAAGGACUUCGAUGUAUCCCAGAGUACAAAGGUAUUGGGAAAGGAAGGACAGUUUGUUUCACAGAAAAACUUAAUUUGGUCUCUGAUAAAUUGACAAAAUUCUGCCUGUUUCGAAAAAGUUGGGUUGAGGCACCAUCUAUAGGUCCCUUGAACUCCAUCCGGCAUCCAAUCAGAAAGUGUGAGGGGAGAAUGAUCUGAGAUAGUUCUGGAUAAAUACUCCGUUUCCACAACUCUAUGGGUUACCUGUGCUGAUAGGAGAAAAUAAUCAAUCCGGGUAUGAGAGUUAUGCGGGCAGGAGUAGAUUGAGUAAUCCCUAUCUUGGGGGUGGUGCUGUCUCCAUGUGUAUUUCAAAUUUAACUAUUCCAUAAAUGAUAGAGUGCAUUUGGCUGACUUAGUCAAUGAAAUUGCUUUAGUUGAGGAUCUAUCCAGGAUCGGAUCCAGACAAAAAUUAGUCGCCCCCAACUAAGAGUGUUCCCUGAAAUUCCGCUACCUUGAGGAAUAUAUCUCGAAUAAAAAUAUGAUAAUCAUAAUUAGGUGCGUAUACGUUAAGCAAGUUCCAAGAUUCAGAAUACAUUCUGCCAUGGACCACUACAUAACGUCCCAGUGGAUCAAUAAUUGUUUUCAUUACACAGAAGGGUAAAUUCCUAUUAAUCAACAUAGCUACUCCCUGUGUCUUUGUGUUAUAUGAAGAGGCAAAUAGUUUGUUUACAUGGAUAUUGGGAUCAUACCUCAUUGAUCUGUCAGUAAGCUAUAGUAUAAUCCAGCAAAGCAGUCCUACUGGUUAUGCAAGUAAUAAGGCAGGCUAGAGGGACAGUGAAAUUAACCCGGUCCGCUAGCCAAUCAACCAUGUCCUGAGCCGGUCGCCUGCAGUCUGCGGAGGAAAGUUGCGACUUCUUUGGGCGUUUUAAAGAAUAUUCUCUGUCCGCUAUGGAUGAUUCUCAUCGUUGCAGUUUGAAACAGCGCAAAGGGAAUGUUCUUGGAGGUAAGUUCUUUUUUUCACCUCGUCGAAUUCCUUCCUGCGUUUGACCAUCCCGGGACUCAUGUCUGGAAAGAAUUUAAUCGCCUCCCCGUUGUGUAGGAUUACUCUUUUCUCCUUGAUAUGUUUGGCUGCGGUUCUGAGAACUUUAGCUCAGUUCCUGGUACCUCAGGAACCGAACGAGGAAGGGUUGUGGGUUCUGAUCAGGGGAUUGGCGAGGGGCGAGUGACCUGUGUGCCCGUUCGAUAACCAGGGGUUUAGCUAAAUGUUCUUUGCCCAGUAGGGAGGGGAUAAUGGCAGCAGAGAAAUCAAUGGGGUCAGUCCCCUCGCAGCCCUCGCGGAGGCCAAUCAUUCUAAUGUUGCUUCACCUACUGUAGUUUUCCAAAUGGUCGACCUUUUUCAUCAGGUAUUCGUUGUUUUUGCGCAGUUUCUGUAGUUCCGUCCCCAUUACCUCUAGCUUGUCCUCAGCAGUGCUGAUGCGCUCUUCAGCUUCUUCCAUUCAUGAUCCUAGCAUGUUGAUAGUCGUUGUCAAACCUGAGAUAGAGAGUUGAUUUCAGCCAACUGUGCUGAGAUGGAACAGUUGAACUCAGCCAUUUUCAAGUUAAAUUGUGUUGUGAGGGAGUCAUUGCCUUCUUUGAUCACUUUGAGGAUGUGAGCUAGCCUAGCUUCUUCCUGAGGUCAUGUUGCCAUCUUGGGUUUCCGAGUAGGCCAUGGUCAGAGGUUCUUUCUCUGUCGUUUCUUGGUCUGUUUCGGGGCUUCCCUUGCCUUUUCUUUUGUCUUGUAGGCAUAUCACCCCUCUUGGUUACAGUGUAGUAAUAAGUAUCGGUGAAGUUAACAAGUUUUAGGAUAAGUUUGUUAAAGAUUUAUCGGGAGCUCUCGUUCACGCUAGAAAAGCAUUCUAGGUGAAGUUGGUUGAGAGAAUGCCAAGAGUGAUCUGAAGAAUCUCAAAUAUAAAAUAUAUUUUGAUUGGUUUAACACUUUUUUGGUUAUACAGUGGGGAGAACAAGUAUUUGAUACACUGCCGAAUUUGCAGGUUUUCCUACUUACAAAGCAUGUAGAGGUCUGUAAUUUUUUAUCAUAGGUACAUUUCAACUGUGAGAGAUGGAAUCUAAAACAAAAAUCAAGAAAAUCACAUUGUAUGAUUUUUAAGUAAUUAAUUUGCAUUUUAUUGCAUGACAUAAAUAUUUGAUCACCUACCAACCAGUAAGAAUUCCGGCUCCUGCACAAGGCUGGGAUGGGCUACAGGACAAUAGGCAAGCAGCUUGGUGAGAAGGCAACAACUGUUGGCGCAAUUAUAAAAAAAUGGAAGAAGUUCAAGAUGACGGUCAAUCACCCUCGGUCUGGGGCUCCAUGCAAGAUCUCACCUUGUGGGGCAUCAAUGAUCAUGAGGAAGGUGAGGGAUCAGCCCAGAACUACACGGCAGGACCUGGUCAAUGACCUGAAGAGAGCUGGGACCACAGUCUCAAAGAGAACCAUUAGUUUCACACUACGCCGUCAUGGAUUAAAAUCCUGCAGCGCAUGCAAGGUCCCCCUGCUCAAGCCAGCGCAUGUCCAGGCCCGUCUGAAGUUUGCCAAUGACCACCUGGAUGAUCCAGAGGAGGAAUGGGAGAAGGUCAUGUGAUCUGAUGAGACAAAAAUAGAGCUUUUUGGUCUAAACUCCACUCGCCGUGUUUGGAGGAAGAAGAAGGAUGAGUACAACCCCAAGAACACCAUCCCAACCGUGAAGCAUGGAGGUGGAAACAUCAUUCUUUGGGGAUGCUUUUCUGCAAAGGGGACUGCACCGUAUUGAGGGGAGGAUGGAUGGGGCCAUGUAUCGCGAUAUCUUGGCCAACAACCUCCUUCCCUCAGUAAGAGCAUUGAAGAUGGGUUGUGGCUGGGUCUUCCAGCAUGACAACGACCCGAAACACACAGCCAGGGCAACUAAGGAGUGGCUCCGUAAGAAGCAUCUCAAGGUCCUGGAGUGGCCUAGCCAGUCUCCAGACCUGAACCCAAUAGAAAAUCUUUGGAGGGAGCCGAAAAUCCAUAUUGCCCAGCAACAGCCCCGAAACCUGAAGGAUCUGGAGAAGGUCUGUAUGGAGGAGUGGGCUAAAAUCCCUGCUGCAGUGUGUGCAAACCUGGUCAAGACCUACAUGAAACAUAUGAUCUCUGUAAUUGCAAACAAAGGUUUCUGUACCAAAUAUUAAGUUCUGCUUUUCUGAUGUAUCAAAUACUUAUGUCAUGCAAUUAAAUGCAAAUUAAUUACUUAAAAAUCAUACAAUGUGAUUUUCUGGAUUUUUGUUUUAGAUUCUGUCUCUCACAGUUGAAGUGUACCUAUGAUAAAAAUUACAGACCUCGGCAGUGUAUCAAAUACUUGUUCUCCCCACUGUAUAUGUGUUUUUUCAUAGUUUUGAUAUCUUCACUAUUAUUCUACAAUGUAAAAACCUGUAAAAAUAAAGAAAAACCCUUGAAUGAGUAGGUGUGUCAACUUUUGACUGGUAGUGUGUAUGUACAGUUGAAGUCGGAAGUUUACAUAUACCUUAGCCAAAUACAUUUAAACUCAGUUUUUCACAAUUCCUGAAAUGUAAUCCUAGUAAAAAUUCCCUGUCUUAGGUCAGUUAGGAUCACCACUUUAUUUUAAGAAUGUUAAAUGUCAGAAUAAUAGUAGAGGGAAUGAUUUAUUUAAGCUUUUAUUUCUUUCAUCACAUUCCCAGUGGGUCAGAAGUUUACAUGCACUCAAUUAGUAUUUAGUAGCAUUGCCUUUAAAUUGUUUAACUUGGGUCAAACGUUUCGGGUAGCCUUCCACAAGCUUCCCACAGUAAGUUGGGUGAAUUUUGGCCCAUUCCUCCUGACAGAGUCAGGUUUGUAGGCCUCCUUGCUCGCACACGCUUUUUCAGUUCUGCCCACAAAUGUUCUAUAGGAUUGAGGUCAGGGCUUUGUGAUGGCCACUCCAAUACCUUGACUUUGUUGUCCUUAAGCCAUUUUGCCACAACUUUGGAAGAUUUGUCAAUUUGGAAGACCCAUCUGCGACCAAGCUUUAACUUCCUGACUGAUGUCUUGAGAUGUUACUUCAAUAUAUCCACAUAAUUUUCCUUCCUCAUGAUGCCAUCUAUUUUGUGAAGUGCACCAGUCCCUCCUGCAGCAAAGCACCCCCACAGCAUGAUGCUGCCACCCCUGUGCUUCACGGUUGGGAUGGUGUUCUUGGGCUUGCAAGUAUUCCCCCUUUUUCCUCCAAACAUAACGAUGGUCAUUAUGGCCAAACAGUUCUAUUUUUGUUUCAUCAGACCAGAGGACAUUUCUCCAAAAAGUACGAUCUUUGUCCCCAUGUGCAGUUGCAAACCGUAGUCUGGCUUUUUUAUGGCGGUUUUGGAGCAGUGGCUUCUUCCUUUCUGAGCGGCCUUUCAGGUUAUGUCGAUAUAGGACUCGUUUUACUGUGGAAAUAGAUAGUUUUGUACCUGUUUCCUCCAGGAUCUUCACAAGGUCCUUUGCUGUUGUUCUGGGAUUUAUUUGCACUUUUCGCACCAAAGUAUGUUCAUCUCUAGGAGACAGAACUUCUCUCCUUCCUGAGCGGUAUGACGGCUGCGUUGUCCCAUGGUGUUUAUACUUGCGUACUAUUGUUUUUACAGAUGAACAUGGUACCUUCAGGCGUUUGAAAAUUGCUCCCAAGGAUAAACCAGACUUGUGGAGGUCUACAUUUUGUUUCUGAGGUCUUGGCUGAUUUUUUUAAAUUUUCCCAUGAUGUCAAGCAAAGAGGCACUGAGUUUGAAGGUAGGCCUUGAAAUACAACCACAGGUACACCUCCAAUUGACUCAAAUGAUGUCAAUUAGCCUAUCAGAAGCUUCUAAAGCCAUGAUGUCAUUUUCUGAAAUUUUCCAAGCUGUUUAAUGGCACAGUCAACUUAGUGAAUGUAAACUUCUGACCCACUGGAAUUGUGAUACAGUGAAUUAUAAGUGAAAUAAUCUGUCUGUAAACAAUUGUUGGAAAAAUUACUUGUGUCAUGCACAAAGUAGAUGUCCUAACCGACUUGCCAAAACGACAGUUUGUUAACAAGAAUAUUGUGGAGUGGUUGAAAAACGAGUUUUAAUGACUCCAACCUAAGUGUAUGUAAACCUCCGACUUCAACUCUUGCCAAAAAGUUGGAAGCACAUCAUCAUCUAGAAUGUCAUUGUAUGCUGUAGCAUUAAGAUUUCCCUUCACUGGAACUAAGGGGCCUAGCCCGAACCAUGAAAAACGGCCACAGACCCUCCUCCACCAAACUUUAUAGUUGGCACUUUGCAUUGGGGCAGGUAACGUUCUCCUUGCAUCCGCCAAACUCAGAUUUGUCCGUCUGACUGCCAGAUGGUGAAGCAUGAUUCAUCACUCUAGAGAACGCAUUUCCACUGCUCCAGAGUCCAAUGGCGGCGAGCUUUACACCACUCCUGCCGACUCUUGGCAUUGCCAUGGUGAUCUUAGGCUUGUGUGUGGCUGCUCGGCCAUGGAAAACCAUGGUUCUCGAUACAAACAGUUAUUGUGCUGACGUUGCUUCCAGAGGCAGUUUGGAACUCGGUAGUGAGUGUUGCAACCGAGGACAAAUGAUUUUUAGGUGCUUCAGCACUCGGUGGUCCCGUUCUAUGAGCUUGUAUGGCAUGCCACUUCGUGGCUGAGCAGUUGUUGCUCCUAGACGUUUCCACUUCACCAUAACAGGACUUACAGUUGACCGAGGCAGCUUUAGCAGGGCAAAAAUUUGACGAACUGACUUGUUGGAAAGGUGGCACCCUAUGACGGUGCAUUGUUGAAAGUCUCUGUCACGAUCGUCGGAUACAGAGGACCAAGGCGCAGCGUGGAAGGUGAACAUAUUUAUUAAAUAAUGAUUACACGAACAAAAACAACAAAUCGAUACGUGAUGUCCAAAGGUGCAAAACACAAACCUACACAGGAACAAGAUCCCACAAACACUGUGGGAAAACUGGCUGCUUAAGUUUUGUUCCCAAUCAGAGACAACAAGCAACAGCUGAUACACGUUGCCUCUGAUUGAGAACCACACUGGCCAACAUAGAACUACAAAACUAGAACGAAAAACAAAUGAAAACUCACACCCUGGCUCAACAUACUAGAGUCCCCAGAGCCAGGGCGUGACAGUCUCUGAGCUCUUCAGUAAGGCCAUUCUACCCCCAAUGUUUGUCUAUGGAGAUUGCAUGACUGUGUGCUCGAUUUUAUACACCUGUCAGCAAUGGGUGUGGCUGAAAUAGCCUAAUCCACUUAUUUGAAGGGGUGUCCACAUACUUUUGUAUAUAUAGUGUGUAUCUAUAUUGUUAGAUUUCUUGUGAAGUACUGUAAUUCAUUUCAAAUGUAGUGUUCAUGGAUGGAAGAUUCAAACAAUUAAGAAGGAUGUAGAUCAUUUAUUGUGCAAAAUGAGAAACUAGAAUGAAUCAUCCAUAUUUGGGAGGCUGCUGCUCAAACUAGCCAAUGUCUUCUCUGUCUAGCUCUAGAUUGGGGUCUCUAGACAAACAUUCUGAAGGAAAGGUUACUGUAAAUGAUUAUGAAGGGACUUUGUCCCUCUCAGACCUGGCUCAUUGGUGUCUGUCUGUUAAUAUUAUUUACUAGAUUUGUUUUUUUACUCUGCAAUUGAUGAAUCAAUAUACUGCUGGUGUCAUCACAUUCCAGUAUUAAUCACUGCAUAGUAAUGGCGAAGGUAAUGAAACUAUCGGAAAUAAUCCAUCCAUCAUCCAUCUCCACAUUGUUAGCAAUAGCGAGCCGGGCUAAUUAACCUUUUCAAGGAUGGAUGCAAAUGAGUUAUUUCCAAUAGGUUAACUUUGAUAUUUCUUAUCCAGUACAGGGGUGUAAUCUUUAUUCUCUCGGUAAAGUAGCAAGAGGAAUGACUUUAUAAAUCACUAUCACGCCACCACAGAGGCUCUUUGUGACUGUAGACACACACACCAACCUCCCCAGUGAGGUAGCGUAUGCAAUUUGAUAAAAGGGAUUGAUGGUCUCCUCCAUGAUGUUGGGGAGCCAGCCUAAUGACCCGAGACUAGAUGUGAUGUGAAUUUGACCACAAGUUUGUGUAAAUAGAGUAGAAGCAAUGGCUCUAUAUACACUGGCCAAGGUGCUUAGUUUUAUAUAGGACAUCAUAAAUUACAGAUUACACAUAUUCAAAGUCACCCGGUUGUCUGGGUUGAGAACCCAAGUCAGCAUAUUCAGAUCCUUGAUUUAUUUCCUUUCUCUCAUUGUAGACUUUGAGGUCUGGCAAUGGUAGAAUACUACAGUUUAACUGAUAAAGAUGUUAAACUAGCAUAUUCCUCUGUCAGAGAUAGUCGAGUUGAACCUCCCCAACUCCACUUGUGUGUGACUGUGUAGGACUCCAAUCUCCCUUCCUCUCUCCUCCAGCAGAGCAGACAGCCUUCCAUUUACACUGUUUCCUUUUGUGUGUGUGUGUAUAUGUGUGUUUGUAGUUUCCUCUUCUCUUUCUCAUGGUGAGAAUGAGAGCAAUUUUCUCAGUGGGAGAUGGCGGUGCCUGCUGGGGCUGAUCUCAUCUCCAGGAUAUCAGGGCUAGAUUAGGAUGAUGGAUUACAGGAGACACUGGAAACUACUCCCACCCACCCUACAUCCCACCGCAGCACUGUGGUACUGGGGCCUGAGACAACCUCCCUCCCACCAGCUCACUGGGAGGGUGGGUUUCAAUAAUCCAAAGGGUUUUCCUCUCCUAUCCUUUAACAGUGUUUCACAACUCCAUUCCUCCAGUACCCCCAACAGUACACAUUUUUGAUGUAGCCCUAGACAUUCAACUUGUCAGUGGCUUGAUGAUUAGUUGACAAGUAGAAUCAGGUGUGCUUGUCUAGGGCUAAGGAAAAUGUGUAAUGUGUGGGUACUGGAGGACAGGUGUUGGGAAACACUGCUUUAGGAUAUCAGGGCGAGAUUAGAUUAGGAUGAUUGAUUACAGGGAUCACUGGAAACUACUGUGUGGCUGGGUUUCAGUACUCUAAAGUUGCUUCAUCUUCUCCUCUCCUUUCCUUCUUCUGCAUUUCUGAUGGGAACAUUGCAGGGAACAGUGGAAACAACUGCCACCCACCACAGCACUGGGACAAUUAUGGGGUUUCUCUCUCAUGUCACAUUAGAACAGUGGAAUCUGAUUAAUGAAAUCCACUUGAUUUAGUUGAAAAGCAAAGUUUACUUUUAUCAAGUCAGUUUUGACUACGUGACUUUGACAGGUUUCUGUGCGCUACAAUAAUAUCAUCAUUUUAGUUCAGAGUGACUUAGAUUUCCUGCUGUCCUCAUUGAACCGUUGCCGCAUGCUCAAAGUCUCCAUUUGUGUUUAAUAAAUAGGGCCACAUUUGGAAGUAUAACCCAUCAUUUGACAUUCUUUGAUAACAUAGCAUCAAGUCAUUUUAAUGAAGCUCCACUGAUAACAUGAAUUUUAAUGUACAACUGCAUUGUAUCUCAUUAAGAUAAAUAAUUUAUGCACUUUUGAGUGCGGUCACUAUUAGUUUUGUUAUGAAUUAUGCCCAAAAGUAACCUGAUUUUAAAGCGUAAUUCCUCUGACUGAUCUGUUGUCCUCUGUCCUGUCCAGGGUUUGCUGACGUCGGGUGUGGAGUUUGAGGCCCUGCCUGCUGCCCUGUCCCUGCCUGCUGAGUCUGGGCUCUACCCCGUCACCCUGGUGGGGGUCCCACGCACCGCAGGCAACAUCACCGUCAACGGUGAGUCCAGCACAACUUUACCCUUCCAAUGUGUGACAAUCAAUAAAAAUGAACACUCCUUACACAGGAACGAUCGUCAUUGAAAUGGAAAUAGCUUCCUCCCUGAAAAUGUAAUUUUACGAAAUACGAAAAUAGCCUGUUAAUAACCAUUCCUUUGAUUACAUUAGCAGUAAUUUGGGGUCAUCAUGUGCAGAUUUUCCACUAAAAUGUAAAAACAUUGCGAUGUGUGCCGUGGCGAUCGACAGGCGAAAGGCAGACGACAGACAGACAACAACAGACAGACAGGGCGUUGUCCCCAUAUUCUCUGACCUCCAUUUUAAAACGCGUUAAACGAGGACAAGCGACAUGCCGGUUAAUCACAUCUCUGUUAACCUCAGUAGCGUGGGAUAUUAGUAUAGCUUUAAAUACUAUGAUCUACAUAGUCAUUUAGUCUUAAUCUUACACGACAGUAAUUGCCUGUAAUGUUGUCGCAAUGGUUAAGACAAGUGGCUUGAUUAUCUUUCUCCAGAGGAUGGGGUGGGGGUUAAUAGGGUGUGUGUGGUUAAUAGAGGAGGGUGGAUGACAGUGUGACCGAUUGUCUUGUAAACCUUUGUGAUGCCACAGCGUGAGUCCCAACUCUAAACCAAACCAAGACUCAUAGCUCUAUUUCUCCAAUUUAUAUUACCGUAGAUGAAUAAGUUAGACCCUUAUUCUUCUGAACAGAAGAUGAUUGUAUAGAAAUCCUUUAGAAGUAUGUUCUCAAUGGUACCCUUCGUAGAAUGGAGAAAGGUUAUUGGAGUGCUUGUUAGUCCUUGGUUUUUGAGGGCACUGACUUUUACCUCGCCCUCGCUCUCUCUCUGUCUCUCUGUCUCUGUGUGUGUCUGUCUGUAGGCUACCACACGUCAGUGUUUGGUGUGACCAGUGACUGUCUCCUGGAAGGUCUACCCAGUGUGAGGACCAGUGGCUGUAUGGUGGAGGUCAUUCCAUCAUUACCCCGUCUCCAGCUCAGCACCUCUCUACCACGGUGA